AGCUCGCAAAAAUAGAACUGCACAAUGGCGCCUUUUAUCAAUGAACUAUUGUUUGUCCAAAUACGCCAACUGAUUGGUUUGUUCAUACAGUUGGUAUGACGACCAAAUCUCGGGGCUAAUCAUUACGUCACGUCCCACCCGAAAACCAGGCCCCCCGCGAUGAGUGGAAAUAAUAGCCCGUAAUAUAUGUGUAUAUAUUUCCCGAUACUGACCUUAGAGAGCUUCAUAACAGUUCUGAGUUGUUACGGCGCUAGCCCAUCACUAUUUGAUGUGUCAAAGGCAUUCUGUACUGAGCACACCACGUUAGGCAAUCAACAACACUGGCAAUGGAAAGAAAGAACAAUAAUUGUGUGGUGCACGUGAGGCAAGAUUCUGAUAACGACCUAGAGGCGCUUUUCCAUGUCAUCAGCAAGAACUCAGUGGCGAAGACGCAUCCUGAGCCAGCAUCGUCGUCACAAUCAUUACCAAUGCGAUUAAGAAAGCUUCCUCCGUCGUUUUUUAAGCAACCUCCAAUCGACGGUAGCUUAUCACCCGAUCAGGACGUCCCAAAAAGGCUUCCAAUCUCUCAUUCGCACUCGCGUUCAUCGCCAGCGUCGCUCACAGUUCCUACGACUCUGAAAGGCCCGCCAAACCACUCCUUGAGUCCUGGCGUUCACCAUCAAAGAUCAACCUCUUUCGAUAACACAGCGUUGCUUGAGGAGCCUACUCCUAUGCCGCCUGGGUGGGAAAUGAGAACGACGGCGAGUGGCCAAAGAUACUUCAUGAAUCACUUCGAACAGCUAACAACAUGGCAAGACCCAAGAAAAACACAGUCAACUUCAAAUCUGAACAGCGUACAGCCUGUCGGCAAUUUGCCCGAUGGAUGGGAACAGGCGAUAACACCAGAAGGUGAUAUUUACUAUAUCAACCACAUCGAAAGGACAACCAGCUGGAUCGACCCGCGACUCGCGAUGCACUGUAGAAAUCAGGAGAAUAUGCGUUCGACCUUGCCUCCGGAUUUUAAUCGCCAAGGCCAUCGAACCCUUCAGCUUCAUCGUCUCCAGAGAGAGCGUGAGCAACUUUUGAAACGGCAGCAGGAACUCUUGAAGCAAGAGAUCAAAUUGAAACGUGAUAUUCUAGAGGAAGGUGGGAAACCGUCGCUGCUCGGAAACUUGACGCGAGAAUUUAGCGCGCAAGAUCCCCCUGUAACGAACGGAGGACAUAUCAGAGACGAAUCAUUUGAUUCUGGGCUCGGAAUGGGAGGUGGUAAUUACCAGUUCCACGACGUCGAUAUGAACGAUUCGCAACCGAUGUUUGACGCGAAUUACAACUCGAAGGACACUUCUUUUCGCGCCGAUCCUAGGAUACCCGAGAUCCUCGAUAGCCUGCCUGGCACUAAUGUCGACUUAGGUGUGAUGGAAGGAACAGAUAAUUCCACCAACAUGGAAACUGAAGAUCUUGGGGUUGGACUGGAGUUCAAUUCGGAGAUCUUAAACGAUAUGGAAUCCGUGCUAAUAUCGCCGACCUUGACUUGGCUUUGAGCUUGUUGAGAUUUCAUUAAAGCGCAACGUAAUAGUUUUUAUAGAAAGGAUUUUUCAAUGACAUUAGAAUAUUCUCAACGGAGUGAAAAGUAAGUACAAGGCGCUCGUUAGCGAUCAAACCACUUCCCUUUUUUACAUCUUCAUACGCGUAAAUAUUAAGAUUAAGAUUGUAACUUACUUCUAUAAGAGAACUUGUUUCGCAACGAAACUACAAAGUUCGGCUUUAGAGUCGAAAUAGGAAGGCUUUAUCGUAUUGUUCUAGAGGAAAACACAAUUGAAAGUCGGUAUAAUUUUUUGCGGUGAGAGUAUAAUAGUUUUUUGAUUUAAUUGCUUGUAAAUAAGAGUUAGAGAUUAAUACGGGUUUUCAUAAUAGCGUCAAAUGUUUGCGUCUCCGCAAAAUUGCUUUUUUCAGCUUUCAAUAGUUAGCUGUCGUUACUCAUUUGGCGUUUUGAUUUUGCGUCGUAUCCGAGUAUCGUGUGAAAAAAUUGGAUACGUUUCCAACUCCACCCACGAGAUCGACUUUUGUUCUUAGAGAAUGACAAAACAUCAACCCUGAUUAAUCGUGAGCGAGACUUGAACUCUAUCAUUUUAUCCGCAUAAAAAUCAGCACUUGGUAGGCAUUAGGCACGCUAGGUGUAAUCUUAGCUAGUCUCUCCACAACUCGGGCGAGAUUCAAGAUCGGUUUACACAUCAAUGCUGGCUUUCUGUGUUUGACAAAAUUGUUAUGGUUCAUUAAGCAGCAUACGGCAUAAUUUUGGUAAUUAGGGUAGCUUUCUUGUAUCCAAAAACUUGAUUAUUUUUGCUACGAAAGGAUCUAAUUUUUUAGAUACAGUAUUUAAUGCGGGUUCAUUGCAUAGCUUUAUACGGCUUUCCACGCGCGUUUGUGAAAUUGUUUGUAUUUUUUUUUAGUACAACGCAAAAGACCUUAGAUUGAUAAGCGUAGCAACACAUUUUGACUUCACUUUAGUGUAAAUAUCAGUUUUCAUUUUGAUAGUUAAGCUAUAUUUUAGAUAUAUAUAUAUAUAUAUAUAAAAAAACAAACCGAAAGGGGAAUUCAUGUCUAAGGAAUAACGCUCCGUUUCGAUACGCGAGAAGAGCGGUAAAUUGCUCAGGAAGGGGCCAUACGAAGUGUAGAUCAGAAAGACUUCUAUAAAAGUGUUUUUGUUUGCAUUUCCUUCUUGGUGUUAAGCCACACACACACUCUCCGUCUGUGGUGAGCAAAUUUGAAGAUUAAAAUUGAGCGGCGCGAUGGCAAGAAUGUUUACUUUUCUGUGUUUUACGCCGCCAGAAUUAUUCAUUUGGUUUGCAGCUGAUGUAGGCGUGAAGACCCCUUUGCAACCAGUAAACAAAUUACCUUUAUUUUUGUUCUCUAAAUCAGAGCAGUGAUAUUUCAUAAUAUUCUUACCGAUGUGUUUCCUGGUGAAACGUCACACAAUAAAGUAUUUUAUUAACAAAUAGUAGAA